GUUCCCAGCACAGAUCAAACGUUGCUCAAAAUGCUGCUUUUCCCAGCACCACUGAGAUAAGUGGGUGCCCCCCCGUAUAAAAGCAGCCACGAGUGGAAAGAGGUGCACGAGUGCGUGUGCCUGAACUGACCAUGGCUGCGAGGGAGCUGCUGGUGGUGGCGGUGGCUGUGGUGACUCUUGUCACCACCAGCGGGGCAGAGCUGAAUGAAAAGAAUGGCCUGAGAAGGCCCGUGUGUGGAGACAUGGUUGAGCUGCAAGCCUGCCCCCUCCUGCUCUUGCCUGUCUGUGGGUCCGACGGGAAUACCUACGCCAAUGAAUGCCAGCUCUGUGUGCAGAAAAUGAAAACCAGGCAAGACAUCCGGAUUUUGAAAGACGGGGAGUGUCAAGAUAUCUGAGCUUUCUGGUGGCUUUCCUGAGCCUAGAAACAGGUGAUUAAUUGAUCCUGUGUUCUCUGUGCUGAUUUCACAUUUAAGUUAGCAAUGGUGAAUAAUAAAAUCACGUGCACAAUC